AUGUUUUUUUUUAAUUUGGUAUACCUUCUUGCGUGCAUUUUGUUAAUAAAUAAAAAUUUUAAUGGAGCAAUGGGCCUUUCUCUGGGCAUAGCGAGCAUGAACGAAUUCUUCACCUUCCGAGAGGUGGUUUUCCAGUACUGCUGGUCGAUAAACUCAGCGGGUCCCGAAAUCCAAAAGAAAAUCCAGAAAGACUGCAAGACCAUAAAGCAGCUCUGCUUUUUCGUCUUCAUAGCCAACCUCCUGGUAUACGCCACGUUCCUGCCCCUCGUAGGUGACGAGGGUGACAUCAUCUACGUGGUGAUGCUGGCCAGGAGGUACUUCGGCGACUGGGCCAACCUCUCCUGCAGCGUGUACUAUUUCUGCUUCUUGUGCUUCGCUUACGGCAACAUCGUCGUAUUGUUCAUUUGCGCCUACAUCAUAUUUCACCUGAGGUUUCAGUUUUAUUUGAUAAUUGAACACAUGCAAACCCUGUCGGACGAUUACGAUUUGGAAAACGGAAUAAAUUACGAUGACAGUUACCAGAAAAGCGUACGCGAGAGGAUGGUGUUGUGUGUCAACCAGCACGUGAAUAUCAAGCGUGUGACCAGAAUGUUUUCCCACAUAACUAGAUUGCCAAUAGCUGGUGUUACAAUAAUUGCCUCCUCAGUCUUCGUAGCUACCGCAUUUUUUAUAGUAUCAGAGAUCAGUCCUCACAGCAACUUCAGGAUGUGCCUAAGUUCCAUAAGCUGCUUCACCAUUCUGAUGAGCGUUUGCAGCUUUGGAGAAAUGUUAGCGGAAGAGUCUAAUCACUUAUAUCGCAUCUGUCUUGAAAGCCCCUGGCCGUUUUGGAACAGAGAAAACCAGCACUGCUUGAUGAUGUUGAUGCUGGGAUGCUCCCAACCGCUGAAGAUAACUUUUUACAAUUUAUUGGACUUGAAUUACUCUUUUCUAUUAAAGAUAAUAAGCAUCACGUACAAAUUGCAAGCACUUUUCAUGAAGUACAAAUAG